GAAAAAGGUAUAACUACAACUAUACUAAGGUAUUCUACAAGAACCAGGCUCAGAGAUGUCUACAGUGGAAACCGCACAAGCUGCCAGUGCCAGUGAAAAUGGUACAUCGCCAUCGCAGACUGGGGCACCAAUAGAUGAUUCCUUGGACAGAAAGACUUUAUUUGUUCGUUCUAUUCCAUUUGAAGCUACUUCCGAAGAGCUUUCGGAGUAUUUUUCUCAGUUUGUUCCAGUUAAGCAUGCUGUUAUUGUUAACGAUAAUGAGGGUAAGUCCAGAGGAUUCGGUUUCGUUUCUUUUACCUUGGAUGAUGAUACUGUUACUGCGUUAGCAGAAUCAAAAAAGAAUAAAUUCAAAGGACGCUCUUUAAGAGUUGAUAUUGCCAAAAGAAGAGAUCGUAAAGAUAAAGAGUCUAGUGCAAAGGAAGAGACCAAAAAACUGCCAGUUUCAGCUCCUGAAAAGAGAAGAGCUCGUUUGAUCAUUCGUAACUUACCAUGGUCUUGUAAAAACCCUGAAACUUUGAAAAAAUUGUUUGCCAAAUAUGGUGCAGUUUUUGAUGCUUAUAUACCUAAGAAAAAGGGAGGUCAAAUGUGUGGGUUUGCAUUCGUUACAAUGAAGAAACACGCUGCAGCAGAUAGAGCUAUCAAGGAAUCUGCAGGUUUGAAGAUCGAUGGUAGAGAAGUUGCCGUUGAUUUAGCUAUUGAAAAAUCAAAAUGGGAAGAAGUUAAAGAAAAAGAAGUUGAGCAAGAGGACGAUGAGGACGAUGAAGACGACGAAGAAGAUAGCGAAAUUAAAGAAAACGAUGAAGAAGAAGAGGAAGAGGAAGUUGACGAAGAUGAAGAGAAGGAUUUCCAUGACUUAAAUCAAGUUAAUUCUGACGACGAAGUUGAAGACGAGGAUGAGGAAGAAGAAGAGGAAAAACCAAAAUCGAAGAAGAACAGACAAGAAGCAUACUCUAUAUUUGUUCGUAAUAUUCCAUAUGAUGCCGAUGAAGAAUCUUUACGUGAACAUUUUGAAAAAUUCGGUCAAGUUAAAUAUGCAUUACCUGUCAUUGAUAAAGAAACUGGUUUAGCUAAAGGUUCUGCGUUUGUUGCUUUCAAGAGACCAGAUGCUUAUGAAAAGUGUUUGGCAGGAGCACCCACUGUUGAAUCCACUUCUAUGUUAAUUGCGGAUGAUGUUUCUCCAGAUUACGUUUACCAAGGACGUAUUUUAUCUAUAGCAUCUGCUGUUGAUAGAGACUCUGCUCUCAAAUUAUCAGAAAGAAAUGCAGAUAAAAGAAAAGAAGUAUUAGGGAAAGCCCCUGGUGAAAAAGAUAAGCGUAAUUUGUUUUUAUUGAAUGAAGGUAGAAUUACUGAAAAUUCUAAAUUAGCUCAGCAAAUUAGUAAAUCUGAUUUAGAAUUAAGAGAAAAAUCUUAUAAAUUAAGAGUCCAACAGUUAAAUAAAAAUCCAGCAUUGCAUUUAUCAUUAACAAGAUUGGCAAUUAGAAAUCUUCCAAGAGCAUUAAACUCUAAAGCUUUAAAAGCUUUAGGUCGUAAAGCUGUUGUUCAAUUUGCUACUGAAGCCAAAGAAGAGUUGAGACAACCAUUAUCUAAAGAAGAGCUCAAUCGUUCAAUAAAAUUCAAACACGAAUCUGGUGAAUUUGAAACUAAAACAGAUGGUCCAAAAAAAUCCAAGAAUUCUGGUGUUGUUAAACAAGCUAAAGUUAUCACUGAAGUUAAAGGUUCUGGUGAAGCAGGAAGAAGUAGAGGUUAUGGUUUUGUUGAAUUUAGAGAUCAUAAAUGCGCUUUAAUGGGUUUAAGAUGGUUGAAUGCUCAUGAAGUUACUAUUCCUGAAAUCUUAGAAGGUUUAACCGAUGAAGAGAAAAAAUUGGCCGAAUUAGAAGGUUUAAACAAGAGAAAACUUAUUGUUGAGUUUGCUGUUGAAAAUGCCCAAGUUGUUAAGAGAAGAAGAGAUAAGGUUUUCCAAGCUCGUAACAGACACUUGCUUGAUUCCAAAGAUAAACCUAACGACAAGAAAAGAAAGAGAGAUGACGAUGAUGAUGAUUCAAAAGAUGGUAAGAAAGGUGGAAAGAAUAAAAAGGCCAAAAAAGGUGGUCAAAAGAAAGGUAACAUGAAUAAAGGUAAUAUGAACAAAGGUGACAAGAAAGAAAGCUCAAACAAAUCUGAAGAUAACAAAGAUAAGUCAGGACUUUCCAGUGAUGUCAAGAAACUUAUUGGUAUCAAACGUAAAAGAAGAAAGAAUAAGAACUAAGCCCGGAAUUUUUAACCAGUCCACCUAGCAUAGUCAUAUUUUCGAUUCUCAC